CUUCCGUCUAACUCAGCGCCAGGUUGUGAUACAUGGCUGGAGGAGUUAGUAACAUGGAAACCAAGAAAGUGCAUGGGAUAAGGAGCUGAAGCAGGUAUUUAACCUGAUAUACAGCAACAGCAGCUACUUGAUAAAGAAAAUAUCCAGCACUACUACUGAAACUCAAAAUGCAUCACUUGCCACCAGCAACGAUUCGUCUGCUUUCCAGCAGCCAAGUCAUAACAAGUGUGGUUAGUGUGGUCAAGGAACUUUUAGAGAAUGCUUUGGAUGCUGAUGCUACCAACAUUGAUGUUAAGCUGGAUAAUUUUGGAUUUGACAAGAUUGAAGUGCGAGAUAAUGGAAAUGGAAUCAAAGCAGCUGAUGCACCUGUGAUGGGAGUGAAGCACUACACUUCGAAAAUCAACAGUCAUGAAGAUUUGGAGAAAUUAGAGACGUAUGGCUUUCGAGGAGAAGCUUUAGGCUCAAUCUGCUCUGUAGCUGAGGUUCAAAUAACUACGAAGACCGCUUCUGAUGAAUUUAGCACCCUUUAUGUUUUGGAUAGUAGUGGGCAUAUUAUUUCUCAAAAACCAUCACACCUUGGACAGGGUACCACUGUCUCGGUAGUGAAGCUAUUCAAGAAUCUUCCAGUAAGAAAACAGUAUUAUUCUACUGCAAAGAAGUGUAAGGAAGAGAUUAAAAAGAUCCAGGACCUGUUGAUGGCGUAUGGAAUUAUCAAACCAGAUCUAAGGAUUGUUUUUACACAUAACAAGACAACACUUUGGCAAAAAUCCAAGAUGUCAGAUCAUAAAAUGGCCUUUAUGUCAGUACUAGGAACUGCCAUCAUGAACAGCAUGAAUUCGUUUCAGCAUGAAAGUGAUGAUCCAGAGAUAUUUAUUAAUGGAUACCUUCCAAAACCAGAUGCUGACAGUGCCCUUACAAGCUUGUCUAGUUCAGAAAGGAGCUUCAUCUUUAUAAACCGCCGCCCUGUUCAUCAGAAAGAAAUUCUAAAGAUGGUUCGACUCUACUAUAGUCGGAGUUUAAACAAGGAUUCAUCUAGAUGUUAUCCUGUUUUCUUCAUGAAUAUUGUACUUCCAGCUGCCUCUUUGGAUGUGAAUUUAACACCUGAUAAAACUCAAGUGAUGCUACAGGAUAAGGAAUCUGUUCUCCUUGCUGUUGAACAUAUUUUGAAAUCUAUAUAUCCAUCUCCUAUGAUAGAGGAAACUGAUAAAGCAGAUGCAAAUCCUGAAGAAAUUGUAAACUCAGAUGAAACUCAAUUGAAAAAGGACUGGUCUGGAACUGUAAAUCCAGAAGAACAAAUGUACUCAACUGUUAAUAAUGGGCAAGAAAACAAAAAAAUAGAUAUUUGCUUAAAACCUCAGAUAGCUAAUGUUGAAAAUGUUCCUGAUCUUGACAGUGGUGUCGUAUCUGGCACCAGUUGUGAAAGAAUUGAAACUUUUAAAGAAUGUACCUUAAGUAUAGUAUCACAAGAGGAAAAUGAAACUGUAUAUGGAUUAAAUUUUGCUAUAGAUGACAGUAUUUUAAAGGACACCCAGCCUAGUCAUGAAAUUGAGUCUCCAUGUGGAGCUGAACCAGAACAAGAAUUGAAUGGCAAAACAACUAAACAUCUCCCUAAUAUAAGUGAUGAUAAAUGGAGUAAGGGGGUUGCAUUAAAGGAUUCCAGAGGGGAAAACCUAAAACCUGUUGAAAUAUUAAGUCUUUCACCUGAAAGUGUUGGAGAAGUACAUUUGUCUAAUAACCAUGAUAAACUUAUCAAGAAAACAACAAAUGUAGUGAGUGAAAAAUCAGGGUUCAUUACUCCAUAUGACCUAAUAAGUAACAAAGUCAUCAAGAAGCCUAUGUCUGCAAUUAAUAUUUUCAUUCAGGAGCACCGAUUAAAACUUGUAGAGGAGAACCCAAAGGCUAGCAUAGAGGAAAUCUCUUCAAGGGCAGAGGAAGUCUGGCACCAACUCAGUGAAAAAGAGAAACUCAGGUAUGAGGAUAAAGCAACUAAAGACUUGCAGCGUUACAACACUCAAACUGCGAAAGCAACAGAACAGGAUAUCCCAAAAAACGUAAAACAAACAGAGAAAAGGUACAAACUGGCAUCUGGAAAUAACUCUGCCCAGGCAGUAAAAUUGAAAGCUCCAUUGUCUAAUCAGCAAAUAAUAGAUAAGUUGUUCCAGUCCCAAGCUGAAAAGAAAAAGACAGCAGUACCUAUGAAAACGGUACAGAUCGCCUUCUCUCUAAGAACUCUAACGCAAAACAUUGUGACGCUCUCCGAAAAACAAAUACCUGAAGAUAAGACAUUUACCCUUAUCAGAAAGCUGAAUUUUCCUGGUGCGUGGAUCAUGGGGACAGAGAAAAAGAUAACACUAUUAAACCCAUAUAGAGUGGAAGAAUCUCUAUUGUAUAACCGCCUUGUGAAGAAUCAUAAAAUCACUGCUGAAAAGAUGGAGUCGCCAAUUAGAUUGACUGACAGGCUUUUGGGAGGUCCUCAGUAUUUGGAUACUCUAUCAAGAAUGCAAAAAGAAUCUCCAAAAUUAAAUGGGGAAAUUUAUUUUUCAGAUGUCCGCCUUACCGCUAAUGGUUUUAAGAUAAAAAUAAUACCUGAGAACCAAUUUGAGAUAGAGGAAAUGUCUAGCAGCUUGCCCUUCUAUGGGAUUGCAGAUCUAAAAGAAAUCCUAAGCUAUGUGUUAAAUAAAAAUGCUAAUGAAUUAAGUGAAUGCAGACCUCUCAAAGUGCUUAAUUAUCUAGAGGGAGAAGCGGUGCGUCUGUCUCGUCAACUACCAUUCAACCUUUCGGAAGAAGACAUAUAUGACACCUUACAAAGGAUGGAACAGCAGAUUGGAAAUGAAAAUAAAGGCUGCAUCCAUGGUCGGCCAUUCUUUCAUCAUCUAAUAGAUAUUCCUGAAGCUAAUUAACACAAUUUUACUACAUUUAUGGCAUGAUAUAUACCUCCAAAGAAGGCUAAUAUGUGAAGUGGCAACAUUUUAUAUAUUAACAAACUCUUGUUUUUCAUGUACUGAAUACAUUUCCAUUUCUGAUCAAUGCUUAUAAAUGCCUUGAUAACCAUUGAAAGAAUGUAUCACUUGCAAAUACAUGCCACUGAGUGGGUUUUAUAAAGCAA